AUAUAGACAGAGUUAAUUGUGCAUAGAAUUUGCAGAAACCCUUUGAUUCAGGCUGGAACCCUAAUCGGCUUCUCAUGCUUGGUCUUUUUAUGUUACUUUUUUGUAUAUUUCAUUUGUUAACAGCUGUGCUUCUUUAUUUAUUUGAUUUUGUUUUUGAUAUUUUUGCAGUAUUUGAGCUAACUUGGAAUUGUAGGAAGUUAUUUUAGUUUAUUUUAUUCCAUAACAUAUCCCAAUGUUCUGACUGAACCCAGUAUCUAGUAGUUGGACUGUUAUUAUAUAUAUUUUUAAACAUAUAAAAUCAGGAAAGCUAUGUAUUUGUGAUUUUUAGGGUUUGCUUUACUCUGAUGGGAACAGAUCCCUAUGAACACCUUGAAGCUUUUUGCAUUAGAAGUUUGAGUUUUUCUCUUUCUGAGGUCUUUGUUAACUAGGGCAAAGUCAAUGCAAAUUCAGAACUCUUUGUUCAUAGUACGGAUAUUUAUAAGAGAACAUAGAAAACCAUCAGUGGAAGACUGGACUGUAUGAAUUCGAUUAGAACCAGAGCAGUUUGAGCUGGGUUAAGAUUUGCUCUUGCUUAGCAUAUUUUGUUUUUUAAGCUUUUGGUGAACGGAGAUGAAGAAUAGUCAAGUUAAAAUAGGAGAUAUUUUUUUUGAUACUGAGGUAAGUGUUAUCCAUAUGUUGGAAUUUAUUUGCUAGGUACAUGAUAAUUUUUUUGUAUCUUUGUGGCCUAAAAUGAUAAGGAGCAAGGAAAGUUUUCAGAACCUGGUUCUGUUCUUGAUCCAAUGAAUAAGGAGUUUAGGAUAUUUAAUUCAAAAAAAGCAAGAGUAGGAUCUGAAAUUUAUCUGUAGUUUUAUAAUUUUGACUUGGGGAAGGACUGAAGAAAUUAUUGGACUAUUUCGUGAUGUUUAUGCUCUAUGUUUUCAAUCUAGCAAGUAAGAACUUGAGUACUUCUACAUGGAAUUGAGCAUAGAACAGCUAUUAAUUGUUGAUUUUUCUUGGCAUGUGUGAUGAAGUGCAGAAAGUUACAUUUUAUCCUUCUUAGCAAAUGACGAAGGAACUGAGUUACAUAUGAAGGAAGUGACUCUUCUGGUGGUGCCAAUGAUAGUGUAUCCUAUGUUGUGAGGAAUGGGAAAGACGAUGCAGGAAGAAUUGAACUUUGUGGGCCUCAUAUGGUGAAUUAUGUACCUUGCCGAGAUAAUUUUCAUGGUGUUAAGAAGAUUUUAUCUGUUUCAAGAGGUAAAAGCUUUGAUCGUUAUUGUCCAAGUGAAUCAAACUUAUGGUUCUGUUUGGUCCCAAGUCCCAUAAAUUAUAAGCUGCCACUUCCUUGGCCAGAAAGUUUGAGUGAGGUUUGGAUUGGCAACUUUCCACCAUCGACACUGGUUCGUGAUGGAAUCAAGAGAAAUUUCUUUACCCAGAACAAAGAGAAACUUAGAGUCCAAGAUGAUACACAAGCUCAUGAACUAUCAAAAUAUUUAUCUAAAAUUCAUCCCAAUGUCACACCUGGUGUGCACAUAAAGAUUAUUCUUGAUGUCGGAUCAGGUCUGGGCAGAAUUGGUGCUGCAUUCCAUAAUGUGAGCAGUCUACAUAUUGCUCCAAAAGAUUUUCACAGGGAUGGGGUGCAACUAUCUCUUGAGCGAGGUAUUCCUUCUAUGCUGGCAAGCUUUGCAAUGCAUAGACUCCCAUUUCCAAGCGAGGCAUUUGACAUGGUUUAUUGUUCUGCAUGCGAUGUGGAGUGGACUCGUGAUGGUGGUAUUCUACUUCUUGAGGCCAAUAGAAUUAUCAGAGGUGCGGGAUAUUUUCUGUUGAAGAUAGAGGUGAAAAAGGAAGAAGAGCACAACUUUUGGAGCGAUGUGGAAAAUCUUUCGAAACAGUUAUGCUGGACCCUAAUCAAUAAAAUGGAAAAUGUUGCCUUAUGGAAGAAGCCAUCCGACAACAAAUGUUACCUGACUAGGGGGACUGGAGCCCAACCUCCCCUAUGUGAUGCAAUGGAGAACCAAGAUGACGUCUGGUACGUGCCAUUGAAGAGUUGCAUUCCCAAACUGCGUGAAAGAGUCCGUUCAAUCUCCGUCCGAAACCGUUACAAAUCAUUAGAUGUUCCUGAGAGAUUGCAGAAUGUUGAACUUGAUGCUUAUGUACCAAGAGUGGAAGCAUUUUUGGCAGAAAAGUUUUAUUGGAAGAUGGCUGUACAGAGCUACAUUGAUGAGCUUGGUUGGAGAAAAUUGCAGUUCCGAAAUGUUAUGGACAUGAGAGCCAAUUUUGGAGGAUUUGCUGCUGCAUUAGCUGCCAGUGAUAUGAAGUGCUGGAUAAUUAAUGUUAUCCCUGUGAGUGGCCCUAAUACACUUCCAUUAAUCUAUGAUCAAGGGCUUAUUGGAGCUGUCCAUGACUGGUGCGAACCAUUUGAUACGUACCCACGGACCUAUGACCUCCUCCAUGCAUCUGGAAUCUUCUCCACAGAGGACAAAAGGUGUGGGAUCAUUACUAUAUUACUUGAGAUGGACAGGAUCUUACGCCCUGGAGGGCACGCAUAUAUCCGGGAUUCAGUGUCCCUCCUUGUGAGAGUUGAAGCACUCACAAAGCUCAUUGGUUGGAGAACAGAAAUAAUCGAUAUUAAUGAAGGUGUCUAUGGGAAAUCGAAAAUCUUACAUUGUCAAAAAUUGCUUCUGCACUUCUAAGUGAUGAAGCCAUAUGAGCUAUAAAACAUUUGGAGAUCUUGUAAUGAUGAAAAUUUGUGAUUUUAACUGCAAAUGAACUAGGAAUCAAAUUUGAUGAUGCGUGCUCAUCUUUCAAAAGGUGGUCUCGCUUUGAUUCGAUUGUUUGGAUGGACGGUUCA